GGCAGACAGCGUGGUGAGUUGCUUGCACCAACGCCGUUCCAGCUGCCAGCAACGUCUGCAGCAAAUCGCGUGUGGCCACGAGACUCUGUCUGGUGCUGAGCUGCGUGUGCAAGUCCCCGCGAGCGUGAAGCGUGAAGGGUCUUUUGGUGGUCGCUUGUGCUCAAAGCGCCCGCGACAACGAGCCCUCGGAACCAGCACAGCAGCAAGGGGCGGCAUACUGGACCGCCAACGAAACCACGACGACGGCGCGAGCGGGUGGGCGAGGAGAGCAUUCGGCCUCCAUUCCAGUGCGCGCUCAUCACACGAAUCUACCUCCCUCCAACUCCACACGAGACGAGAGACCACCGCCCGGCCGAGAACAACGAGGCCACGGUAGCCAUCUGUUCCGCCAGGAUCCAAUACCCACCGUGUCGCCGCUCACACACCCCAACGCUGACGGACCGACGUGCGGCGGGAACAUUACAACACUGGAGUGAACACGCUUCGAGAGGGCAGGCGCGACCGCCGGGAGGAAGUUGCACAGCACGAUGAACGGCGGACUAGCGGGCAGCACGAGCACGGGAGGCCAGUUGUACGUGCGGGCGCUGUAUGACUAUGAGGCCGAUGACCGCACGAGCUUGAGCUUCCGGCAAGGAGACAUUAUACAAGUCAUCACGCAACUGGAGAGUGGGUGGUGGGACGGUGUGAUUCACGGCGUGCGAGGAUGGUUUCCCAGCAAUUACUGCUCCAUGGUGGCGUCGCCAGCAUAUGAUGAUGGAACUGCGCGCCCAGGAAGAGGCGAGUCUGAUGCGGACGGGUCGGGCGAAGACUACGAUGAUCAGACGCAGACACAGCUCGGACAGAGUCCAGACGCGGCCAACAGAUCGCAAGAAGAAGCGGCAUUUUGGAUUCCACAGGCCACGCCCGACGGUCGACUGUUCUACUUCAAUACCUUGACCGGCGAGAGCACCAUGGAGCUGCCUCUGGAAGCGCCGACUUCAGCGAACGAGUCGGGACCACGCGAUCGCACCAACAUCUACAUUCCUGACGUUACGCGACCUCCGGCCGAAUUCCUGCAUCAAUCGGGCUACGGAGGCGACGACGACACGGACUACGCGUCGCAGUCAGAAGCGGAAGACGCUUUUCGUACACGAGGAUCGAACCCCUCGAGCCGACGCAGACGCUCGUAUCUGUCCGACGGCGUGUCACCUGCAACGUCCAUGGAUUCGCUGAAUGCUACCUCUCUGCUGAGUCGUUCUCGCACCAAUCUUACAGAAGCAAGCAAUGCAUCGAUUUCGGCGAUGCAGCAGGGUAUCCCGCCAAUUGGUACCACCAUGACUUCCUUCGCUAACGCACCUGGUAACACAUCGAGCACCUCGUUAUUACCUCGGAGGUUCUUUGAUGAUGCUCACGCCAUUCCACUGACUUGGACUACUAUGGUCGAAGACAUGCGCAGAGCCGUUCAGCGAUACAGAGAAGUCAUCAACGCCGGCGACCGAUCAGAGUACGUUCGCAAAGCAGAAGACAUAUCCGAUCAUCUGCGUCUGCUCCUGGCUGCGGGAUCUGGCACUACCGACAACCACUCGGGCAACCCAUCCAUUAUUUCAACUAAUAAGGCUCUUUACCCUCAUUUCAGAGAGAUGAUGUCAAGGUUCUCAAAGCUCGUUCUUUCAUCUCACAUCGCGGCCGCCGACUUUCCGUCACCGGAUUCUACCCACAAGUGCUUGCAAGAGGCCGAGGGCGUUCUGCAUGGCGUUUACGGCUUUGUUGAAGUCGCGCGACAACAACGUGGCGAAGAAAUCCCGAGGCUGACGCCUGGCUUUGUUACUGGAAGCCGGGUUGCUGGCAACUGGCAGACCAAUGGGCUGGACCGGAAAGACGCCUUGGCCUCUAUGUCCUUUAUGGAUGACGAGCAGGACAAUGCGCUCGAGCCACGCGAGGAAUUGAACCAAGCGCUUCUCGACCGUCUGGAGGAUUUGAAGCGACUAAUUAACACGAGCAUCAAGAAGCUCGACGAGCACCUCCUCCUUCGCGACAAGCUGAUUACUCCUCACAAGCACCGACAAAUUGGCGAUUCUGUCUGCAAGACAGGAAGUGGGGUGAUUGAAGUUUGUCGACCCUAUCUGUCUGCCAUUGAGUCGAUCAAUCUGGCUCCACUACACACUGCGCUGCAAUCCCCACAAUUGAACGAUUUCGCCGAACACAAACAGAAAUUGUACGACUCCACGUCAGAUCUGAUCGUGGCGUGUCAAGCGGUAGCGAGCCCUCUGGGCGAUGAGUGGGCCGAAGUCAGAGGUCCGUCAUUGGAAGAGCGUCUCGGUCGGGUGAAAACUGUCGGCAGGGAUCUGGACGUCGCCGCGUCUCAGAUACACUUCUCGCUGCAACUCUUAUCGGAAUUGAUGCCCGCCGCACAAGGGCAACAACCAGAGUCAACCCAGCGUGAUUCAACUCAAAAAGAUUCCCAUCGUUUGACUGACGGUGGCGCGCCGUAUGAACAACAUCAUCGCCACAGCUCAAAGGGUCUCCGCCCCGCAAUCGCCGAUGUUGGCCAGUCACGCUCCUACACCGAGGGUUCAACACCGAUACGCGAUGCUCAGCGACAAGGCGAAAGCUCCAAGGCUAGUCGCUUCUUUGGGGAAAUGCCUGCAGAGAACAUGUCUGUCUCGACCGGUGGUGGACGUGACUCCGAGGAGAUGCCCAAUUAUCUCCAGCUGGAUCACGAAGGUGAGAUCGCCUACGAUACAAAAACAGACGUACCGCAGCUUCGCGGAGGCACCCUUACAGCACUCGUGGAGCAACUCACCAGACACGACCGUCUGGAUUCGCCUUUCAACAACACAUUUCUCCUUACCUACCGGUCCUUUACCACUGGGCCGGAGUUGUUCGAGCUGCUUGUGAAGCGAUGGAAUAUACAACCUCCACCCGGUGUGGCCGAUCAGGACCUUCAAAUCUGGAUCGAUAAGAAACAGAAGCCGAUUCGAUUUCGCGUGGUGAACAUUAUGAAGUCAUGGUUCGACAACUACUGGAUGGAGCCGAACGACGAGACCAGCCAGCUAUUGAUGCAACGCGUAUACCAGUUUGCGAAAGGCACGGUGCAAUCCACCAGCACACCUGGUGCCGGACCAUUAAUGACAUCCAUUGAGCAACGAAUGAGGGGGCACGAUGCAUCGAACAAACGACUUGUGCUCACGCUGAACUCGCAAGCACCUCAACCUAUCAUACCGAAGAACAUGAAGAAGCUCAAGUUCCUCGACAUUGAUGCGCUUGAGUUUGCACGACAGCUGACGAUUAUCGAAUCGAAGCUUUAUGGCAAGAUUAAGCCUACGGAAUGUUUGAACAAAACCUGGCAGAAAAAGCUCGCGCCCGGUGAUCCUGACCCCGCUGAGAACGUCAAAGCCCUGAUUCUCCACUCGAAUCAACUUACCAACUGGGUGGCACAGAUGAUAUUGACACAAGCGGAUGUCAAGCGCCGUGUGGUGGUCAUUAAGCACUUUGUCAUGAUCGCUGACAAGUGCCGCACACUGAACAACUUUUCGUGUCUGACGUCUAUCAUAUCCGCUCUGGGCUCGGCGCCUAUACAUCGGCUCAACAGAACGUGGUCUCAGGUGAAUGCGCGCACGACGCAGUCUUUGGAAUCGAUGCGGAAAUUGAUGGGCUCGACCAAGAACUUCAACGAGUACCGCGAGGCUCUGCACAAGGCGAAUCCGCCAUGCAUCCCGUUCUUCGGCAUCUACUUGACUGACUUGACCUUCAUUGAGGACGGCAUUCCCGGCAUCAUCAAGAAGACACAACUCAUCAACUUUGCCAAGCGGGCCAAGACGGCAGAGGUGAUUCGUGAUAUCCAGCAGUACCAGAACGUGCCAUAUGGGCUGCAGCCUGUGCCGGAGCUUCAAGAGUACAUUCUGCGCAACAUGUCGAGCGCGGGUGACGUGCACGAGAUGUACGAGCGCAGUUUGCAGGUGGAGCCUCGUGAGCGAGAAGACGAGAAGAUUGCAAGGCUGCUAUCAGAAUCAGGCUUCCUGUAGAACCGGGAGCGCAGCAUCUCUGAAGCGUCAUCCUCCUUCCCGGCAGUCAAGCUAUCCGCAAAAAAAUCGAAAAACGCUAUGCAGUUCCAGCCCGGCGAAGUAUGCUCCAGCCCGCCCAGCCCCAGAAGCGGCUGGUUUUCGUGAGCGACUACAGAUGGGCCGAGCCGUGGACAUGUCACAAGCACAUCCGCAUGCCGCACGCACAUGACUCUUUAAUUUUUGGGCUCUACGGAUGGUCCAGCUAGGGAUUCCGCCGGGCCAGGCAGAGCAAGCGGAAAGAGAGAAAGAAAGAGAACCAUGGCAAGGAAAUGGUAAUUCAUGAAAUGGGAAGACGAACGUAACGAUCAAUGCUAAAAGAAGAGUGGUUGCUCAACAGUGCGCUGUGAGUCGAGUUCAGUUCGCAUGCGUGGUAGACGCGUGGGGGAUCAUUUCAGUGAUGGUUUGUCGUGUGCCGCCGAGAGAGAGGGGGGAGGGAAUGGAGGGGGUUAGGGGGCGGCAGAGGGAGGUAUGGGAGAUGUGUGUUCAUCUGCUGCACGUGUUGCGUGUCGAUUACCUAUCUAUCAGAGAAAGACUUGUUCCACGGCAGCGGCCGCUAGCAAGUGGACAUGUGCAGCAACGUGAUUUCGUGCAUGUGGAACGUAACAACGGAGAAGAGCUGAGCGAAUGAUGUUUGUUCCUGCUCACGUGCUCAUUUAUCUGCGGCGCCAGGAAACAACAAACCGUCCAGUGGUUUGCUGCUCUCUUCUG